GCUGGGGUUGAAUAGGGAAUUUCCGAAGAUUCAUAUACUAAACCGAGAAUGUUGCAAUUUCUUCCUUCACGGUUGUCUUUGCCGCUAUACCCUCCACAUUUCCACGUUCUUCCUCCAACCUCCGUGCUGCUUCCAAACAGAAGAACAUUCGCCUCUAUGUCCUCGGCUUCUUCUUCACCGUCACCAGGUCCAUCUGUGACGAACCCCACCAAACAGGAAAAAGGUCGAGACGAGCAGCAGGAGAUGGCCCAAGUGCUCAAAUAUCAUAACCAAACCAAACACUCUUUCACCAACUACGCAAAGGGACCUCACGGCCUUGACUGGGCCAAUCAACCGAACCCAUUUCGCCGGUACGUCUCUGCAUCUCUUAUACCUCUCCUGCACUUCCCCAUCGAGAAGGAAGGUCCGUCGCCUGCGGCGGCGAGAACAGUAGACGCUCCUUUGUACUUUUCCCUAUUUCUCUCUCUUCCUCCUCCUAAACCCAUUUCACACUCCACCAUAUCUCAAUUCUUUUAUGAUUCUCUCGCUCUCUCGGCCUGGAAAAGCACCGGAUUCUCCACUUGGUCACUUCGGGUCAACCCCAGCAGCGGCAAUUUGCAUCCAACUGAGGCUUAUCUUAUUGCUCCACCGAUCGAAUCGCUCUCUAACUCGCCGUUUGUUGCCCACUAUGCUCCUAAAGAGCAUUCUCUCGAGCUUAGAGCGGCGAUCCCAUCUGGGUUUUUCCCUCAAUUUUUUCCGGACAAUUCAUUUCUUAUUGGAUUUUCUUCGAUUUUCUGGCGAGAGGCAUGGAAAUAUGGAGAACGUGCGUUUCGAUAUUGCAAUCAUGAUGUAGGCCAUGCGAUUGGUGCUGUUACAAUGGCUGCAGCAGGACUUGGCUGGGACGUGAAACUUCUUGAUGGUUUAGGUUACAAGGAUGUGCAGAAGCUAAUGGGGCUGGAGAUUUUCCCAGAAUUUCAAAUUCCCUCCAAACCUGUUAAGGGGAAGAUUCCAGAGAUUGAAUUCGAGCAUCCUGAUUGCCUGCUUCUUGUUUUUCCUAAUGGGGUUAGUAAAUUUGAUUUGAAUUAUAAGCAAUUGAGUUCUGCAAUUAAGGAAUUUUCGAGUUUGGAGUGGAAAGGGAAGCCUAAUUUGCUUAGCAAAGAGCAUGUAUGUUGGGACAUAAUUUAUAGAACAGCUGAGGCAGUGAAAAAGCCAUUGACAGUUCAAAAUGGAUUUUCUAUUGAUCCAUUCCACAGCUGUGGGGUAUGUAGUGAAGACUCUUAUAAAGAAUUUUCAGUGAGAGAAAUUGUUAGGAAGCGUAGGAGUGCUGUUGACAUGGAUGGAGUUACCAUAAUGGAGAGAGAAACAUUUUAUCAGAUUUUGUUGCAUUGCCUUCCUUCAGGUUCUUCCCAGAACGGAGGGAAGCAGAGGAGGCAACUAGCACUGCCUUUUCGAGUUCUUUCUUGGGAUGCUGAGGUGCAUGCUGCCUUGUUUGUUCACAGGGUAGAGGGUUUGCCAAAGGGAUUAUAUUUCUUGGUGAGGAAUGAGGAUCAUUUUCAGGAGCUCAAAAUGGCCACAAGAUCUGAUUUUAAAUGGGAGAAACCACUGGGAUGCCCUGAUGAUCUACCUCUAUAUGAACUUGCAAGAGGCAACUAUCAGCAGCUUGCCAAAAGGCUUUCAUGUCAUCAGGAAAUAGCCAGUGAUGGGUGCUUUAGCCUUGGCAUGGUAGCUCAUUUUGAGCCUACCUUGCAUAACAGGAGUGCCUGGAUGUAUCCUCGAUUAUUUUGGGAGACUGGAGUUCUCGGCCAGGUUUUGUACCUUGAAGCACAUGCAGUUGGCAUCUCUGCAACUGGAAUUGGUUGCUAUUUUGAUGAUCCUGUACAUGAAAUUCUCGGGCUGAGGGGAUCAAACUUUCAGAGUCUAUAUCAUUUCACUGUAGGUGGUCCAGUUUUGGACAAGCGGAUUAUGAGCCUGCCAGCAUACCCUGGUCCUGGCGUGGAUGCAUGAUUGCAGAUUGCAGGUUAUAUAUAUACUCAAGAAGUCAAGGUAACAUGGUGAAGUUUCUGCAGACCACAGCCGCAGGUCACUGUUUGGAAACAUUGAUGGAUGCAAACAUUAAAAAAAAAUGCCCGUGAAAACAGUACCCCAAAAAAAUGCCUGUGAAACAGUAUAUAGUUUGGACUCAAUCAUGUCUUUUUUUUUUUUAGAUCGGCACUCAAUAAUUCAUAUAUGUUAUGAAUUUACAGAUAGCUGCCCCCUGUAAAUUUUGUCAUCAUCUAAUCACGUAUUAAUAUAGUAUUAAUUUUACC